AAAAAUUGAAAAAAUCCUAUGAAAUGUAUACAAGAUUAAUUUUAUUCAUAGAAGAUAUACAACCAUAUGUAUCGAAAUUAGUAUUAUGGUCAUUAGUGGUCAACAUGAUAAGUAGUCAAGUGUUUAUUGUAUGUAUUAAAAAAAUUGAUCAAAAUCAAUUCAUCUCAUUGAUUAUCUGUUAUUAUGCAUUAAUAUUGAAUCUAUUGAUGAUAAUCGUUUAUACAUUUACAAUAUCAACAUUAAAUUCACGAUUGAAUUCAAUACGUUUUCAGUUAUUAAGUAGGCCAUGUUUGGCCAGAACAACAUCUUUUUCAUUUAAAUACCAUAUGACAACAUAUUAUGAACGGCUAAUUACAACAAAACCAUGGGGUAUUGGUAUUGGUACAAUUGCUAUAUUGACAAAAACAGUAUUUAGUAAGCUAAUGAUAUUUUUCAUACGUUUCACAAUGUUAUGGAGUAAAUUGUUCACAUAAACACAACGAUUCAUCAUCAUCAUCAUCAUCAUCAUUAUCCAUCCAUCAAAUGAUGGUGGAUCGAUUUCGAUUUUUCAAAUUUUUCAUUUUUCUCAUUCAUUCAUUUUGAAAUUAGUUCAUCGUAGUCAUAGUCGUAAUUAAUGGCGUUUUUUUUUCAAGAAAAGAAAAAAUGAAAAAAUUUGCUCAUUGAAAUAUCGCUUGUUUUUUUUCUCUCAUGGU